AUUCUCAUUAUAUCCAAUAUAUUACCAAAACAAACUCUAAGUUAAAAAAAUUCUUCAAAACUCAUCUCUUUACACCUAUACUUUUGGAGGGAAAAGAAGGAACAGAGAACGACGCAGAGAGAACAACGCAAGGAAAAAAAGUAGACAACACCGUCGUGGAGGGGUUCGGACAGCAUAGACGAUUGAACUCAUUCUUCCCAUUUGCCAAAGAAAUGGUUAGUGGUGUCUCACGUAAGAGACCAAUGGCAUCCAACAGAAGACGUGCUAGGCAAAUAGAACCUGAACCAGUGGAAGUGAAUGUCCCUGUGGAGGAGGAUGACCAUGUGGAUGCGAAUAAUGAUUAUGUUGACGACGAUAUUGGUGUAGAGGAUGACGAUGUCGAUAAUGAUAUUGGUGUAGAGGCUAACCUCAUGGAGGACGAUGUUGGUGUGAAUGAUGACAACACAGAACCAGUUCCGGGUGCUCCAGAGGAUCCUUCAUUGCUAAUUAGCUUCUGUAACCAUGUUGCUGCCGUUGUUUGGAAGAAAAAGGAAUGGGGACCUCUUAAAUGUUUGAAUCGUUCUCGAAAGCUUGCUGAGUGGCCAUGGAUGUCACCAACAGUCGAAAAUGUUACGUGGAGACAUUUGGUUGAGCAGUCUGGUCUUAGUGUCCUUAUUGAUCACACAUAUCGACAUGACAAUAGAGUGGCAAUAUCUGCCUUCGUUGAAAGGUGGCAUCCAGAGACAAAUGCAUUUCACAUGCCAAAUGGUGAGAUGACUGUCACAUUGGAUGAUGUGAGGACCAUACUUGACAUUCCAGUCACUGGCAUGGCUUUGUUAUGUCCUAAGUUAACAAGAUACGAGGCUGCUGAACUGGUGAGUGCUACUUUGGGAGUGCCAGUGAAUGAUGCAUUUGCAGAAUUAGUUCAAUCUCGUGGGCAAUCCAUGAAGCUAGAGUGGUUGUGAAUUAAAUUUCAUGAAAUUAACGAUAUAGAUGAUGCAAAUUUCAUAGAAUACGCAGCGAGAGCUUACUUGCUAUAUUUAUUAGGUUGUACCCUCUUCCUUGACAAGAGUGAGACUCAAGUACCUUUUGCUUACCUGCACAUGUUGACUGUCAUUGAUGUUGUUAGCUCAUAUG